CACUGCUAUACCCGUGAUUCUGCAGUUGGUGUAUAGACGACGGUAUGGGGCACUGGAGGUGGUGUACUUGGAUUGGGUACAUACAUCUGCUGAUUCUAGCUGGAGGUACGCAAGAUUUCCAACAGCCGUACAUCGCUGCACAAGACACAGCUCACGUGGACAGGGGUGUGAAGUUGUCCUGCUACAGUGUCUCCAUGGUGCCUCCUUUACAAGACGCGUCCAUAAAUUGGAGGAGGAACGGUUUGCCGCUAGACGAAAGCUCUGUUUACAGCAUAAAACAGAAUCUAGAUUGGAUCCUGUGGCAGAAAUGGCAUAUAGUACAGAUCUACGAAAGUACCAUCACUGUCAGUGACGUGAACACAGCGAAGGGAGAUAACUUCCAGUGUCAGCUUGUAAUAGGACCGAGAACGGUGUCAGGAUGGAGUGAAGUGUAUGUACUGGCUAAACAAUCUGGGUCUGGUGAAGACUACACAGUAGUUCGUGAAGGACACAGUGCAUUCAUUACUUGGAAGAUGCCGUUGGUUGAUGAGGAGUUCUCUGUAAGGACACCUAAAGACACAUUGCUCUUUAAUAUAAAGUCACCUUGGUUCUACAUCUAUAAUCUCUACCGAACGAGAGCCAAUAUAAUGCAGAUAACAACGUCAGCUAAUUCAGUCAUCCUCCAGUUCUGGCUACACAAUACAACACAAGAGGAUGCGGGAAAAUACCUCUGUUCCAUUCCCAAUUGUCAUCACAUGUUGUAUAUACAAGGUAGGUAA